ACAUGGGUUGGAAUCGUUGGUCGAAUUAUGCAAAGAAUCUCUCUCCAUUAUCCCAAAAUUUUAUAACCAAUGCAACCCCACCGAAAAUGAACCAUGAAACAGCAAGCACCACCAUCCUAAUUGUCCAAAGGAAAUUCGAGUCCAAAAUUUAACACACGUGCCACAAAAAUCCAGACAGCGCAACUCCUACGUGGGAUCCUCCGAUCCACAUUUCACACGCACUAGAUUUUCCCAAGCUUUUACAGAAGACAAUAAUAAUAUUCUUAAAAUAAAAAUUAGUUUCCUGUUUUCUUCAACGAAUGGGAAAGUAGUGUUUCUGGUGUUUUCUCAAUGGCUCUCCUUCAGCUAAUCCCUUCCCAUUCUUCAUCUUCGCUCACUCACCAACCUCUGAUAAACCCCAAAGCAGCCAAUCCUUCUCUUUUAAACCCUAAAUUGAAGCCCUUUUCAAAGUCAUCUUCUCGCUCUCAAUCGCGCAGAUUCCAUAGGCUCAACUCCCUCCAGUGUUCCGCUUCCUCUUUCCCCGAGAAACACCACAGUAAUCCUCCUAAACCAGACGACGUCGCAGAGCUCCCUCUAUUUCCUCUUCCCUUAGUUCUCUUCCCCGGCGCUAUCCUCCCACUACAGAUCUUCGAGUUCCGUUACCGCAUUAUGAUGCACACGCUCCUCCACACCGACCUCCGCUUUGGCGUAAUUUACUCCGACGCCGUCUCCGGCACCGCAGACGUCGGAUGCGUCGGCGAGAUAGUCAAACACGAACGUCUCGUCGAUGACCGCUUCUUCCUCAUUUGUAAAGGCCAGGAACGGUUCCGUGUCACCAACAUCGUCCGUACGAAGCCGUAUCUCGUCGCGGAAGUCAACUGGCUCGAAGACCGACCCUCCGGCGACGAAGAUUUAGAAGGAUUAGCCAAUGAAGUGGAGAGUUACAUGAAAGACGUGAUUCGGUUAUCGAAUCGGCUUAACGGGAAACCGGAAAAGGAAGCGCAGGAUUUGAGGAGGAACCUAUUUCCGACGCCGUUUUCUUUUUUUGUAGGGAGCACAUUCGAAGGGGCGCCUAGAGAGCAACAAGCUUUGCUGGAGUUGGAAGAUACGGCGGCCAGGUUAAAAAGAGAGAAGGAAACUUUAAGGAACACUCUCAAUUACUUGUCCGCCGCAUCGGCUGUGAAAGACGUGUUUCCCUCUUCAUGACGAGGAAUUUGAGUAAAUUUAAGCGAACUUUGUUGAGAAUUUGGUGAAUAUAUAGACGUUUUUGAUGCAUAAUUUGUUAUACACGAAUCUGUAAAUUGUUGAUAUGGAAUCUCUGCUUGUUUUUUACUACUAGUUGUUAGAAUCUUGAAUGAAUUAUUAUUGCACAAAAGCUAGUCUUUUUGGAUAUGUCUUGUUCUUUAUUAUAUUGCAUCUUGUUGGAUUCUUAAGCUUGGAGUGGAUUGAAGGGAAAUAAAAACUAGCUCAGUUUCCAAGCCGUGGAUUUUGUUCUUCACACACUUUGUUAGUGUGUUCUACGCUGAUCCAUCGCAGUAUGGACAAAGGAGAGUUCUCAUCUCUGGCUCCAUUCAUUAUUCCAGAA